GCGUUGGCAGCGCUUCACUGUACGAGGCAAAGAUAAUAUGAAGAAAGCGGUAAUUUUCGCAGUUGAAAGUUGAGUUGUUGACAGCGAAAAUAUUGUGUUAUGUGAAAAUUUGUACACUGUUCAUAUUCGUCAGAAAUGUGUGGAAGAACGGCUUGUACACUUGACCCAGAAUGUAUAUGCAAGGCAACUACUUACCGCAGGAAGGACUCGAACACUUAUUGUCUUCCAGAGUGGAAACACAUGGAUGACAAGUACCAUGUCUAUAGACCAUCAACAAACAUUGCACCAACGGAAGUUUUACCUGCUAUUAUAUCAGGACAUCAGCUGGGCAAAACAUCCGAUAGAAUAAUUGUCCCAAUGAUCUGGGGAAUGAUACCACCAUGGCACAAGGGUGACUACAGAACACAUGGUCUGACAACUCAUAACAUCCGUGAUGAUAAUCUCUUCCUAUCAAAAUUGUACCUCCCAGUCUUCAAACAGAGUAAUCGUUGUGUAGUUCUUUGUGAUGGUUUUUAUGAAUGGAAGAAAGAGGAGGGAGGCCGUGGUAAACAGCCAUAUUUUAUCUACAUGCCACAGUCACUUGGGAUUGAUAUAUAUGACAGGAAAACAUGGAAUCUUGAGUGGACUGCAGAAGGAGGCUGGAAAGGACCAAAGCUUUUGGCCCUAGCAGGACUUUACAAUAUCUGGGUGUCUCCUGAGGGUGAUAAAGUAUACAGUUGUUCUGUCUUCACGACCACACCAAAUGAUGAUUUCAAAUACAUACAUCACAGGAUCCCAGUUGUUUUGGAGAAUGAUGAAGCCAUUGAGAUGUGGCUUGAUGUAGCGGGAAAGGCGCCAAUUGAUGCUGUGGCAUUGUUGAAAGCCCCAAAGUUGCUUGCUUAUCAUCCUGUAUCAAAUAUUGUGAAUAAUUCACGUAAUAAAGAUGAUGAGUGCAUGAAGCCUAUUGAUCCUAAUCGCCCUAAACUAGGUGCGAGUGCUGCCUUAAUGGAAUCUUGGUUAAAGCAGAAGUAUGGUUCCUUGAAAAGACCCGAGGAAAAUGCUAUGGUCACAGAAGUGAAUGAGGAUGCCAAGCGAGUCAAAGUAGCAGAACAACAGCAGCAACAACAGCAGGAGCAACGACGCCCACAACUUCAGGUUCAGCAGCAACAAGAUGUCGAUAUGCGGGAACAGGAAGAGGAGGAGGAAAUGGAAGAUGAUGAAGAGGAGGAUGAGGAUGAUGACAUAGAAGAAGAUGAAGAUGCUGAAGAGGAGGAAGAUGAAGAUGAGGAAGCAGUUGAUGAUGAAGAAAAUGAUGACGAUGAUGAUGACGAAGAUGAUGAUGAAGUAAUGGAUGAUGAAGAAGAUGACGAUGAUGAUGACGAUGAGGAAGAUGAUGAGAUAGAAGAAGAGGAAGAAGAAAACUCAGUUAAAAUGGAGCCGGAAUCAGAUGUUGCUGCCAGUAGUGGUGAUGAAGAAAGGGCAGAUGUUGCUGGGUCAGGAACACUGACAACCUCUGCAGAGUUGUGUACUGUCACAUCUGUACUUGAAACGGAAGACUUGCCAUCCCCAAGUGACAUGUGCACUGAUGAAUCGGAUGUGCUGGACACACAGUAAGGAUUGUGCGCCACCCCUUUUGCAUUUCAUGUAAAUAUGUUUACUGUUGUUCCAUGUGUUAAUGUACUUGUAGAUCAUAACUUUUUACUAUUCAGUUAAAUUGUGUUUUUUACUAUUAUUUAUUUCUAUUUUACAAAUGUAUAGUGAACACUGUGUAGAUAAUCAUUCCACCAUUUUAAACUGAAUAAUAUGUGGCAAAGUGUAUACAGUGAUUCAACAAAGUUCCUGACGUGUAAUGUAAUAAAAAUUUGUGUUUCAUUGUCUUUCAUAUGUAAUUUGUGUUUCCAUUAAUUAAAAUGUACU